ACUCGUUACAAAGUCGACCGGCAGCAGUCGCUGACGUAGUUUUUGGGGGGCAUUGUUGAAAGCAGGUGGGGAGCACCUUGGCAACAGCUCGUACAAAUUUAAACAGCAGUUUUUGAGCUUUAGUAAAAAAAAAAAAUUGGACAUAAGUGGAAGUGCAACGGCACAGGCGCCACAACAGUCAGAUAUAGACACACGAGUCGUAACAACAAGCCAUUCGGCCAGAAGGCGCUCGCCAAGCUAACAGGUCCUUAUGUUCAUAAGAGGCACACAAAGGAAACGCGGGUCGGCUGGUCCGAAGAUGUCUUCAUCCGCGGGUGUUGUCUAAAUAUGGUCGAGUGAGACGCAGGCUAUUCUCCCGAGAGACCUCGCAACGCGCACAAGUGUCUCGAGCUCUGGCGCUGCUUAAAAGAGUCGGCAGAACCCGUCUUCGUUCCACGGAACGCGCCCGAUCGCGACUCGCCCGCCUGACACCACCAUUCCGUCUGACUUCGGAGAGGAACUCGAUCGACCGCAAUCGCCAACUCGCGGGAGAGCUCGGCGAGUGACGUCGCGCGGAGAAUGCGGCGGCCGUCAUGGCGAUAAGCGCGCAAAGAAAGAUGCCUCGAGACUCGUACCCCGAACGAAGACGGAGCUAGCUGACCGCGAGCUAGCUGAACGCUUUGGCGAAAGUCGUCGCCCGGCCAGAGCCGCUGCCCCUCCGCAGGGCUGCUCGUCUUUUUCACCGCCUCUACCCGCUGUCGCGCGUUUAACGGCGUCGGACUCGAUUGUUAUCGACUUUUCUGCCGGAGCCGAACCGUGUGUCCGCAGGCGGUAAGCGGCGGCGUCGCCGUGCCGGGGAGUGGGUUUAGGCUAGCAUUUGGCUAACGGGCUAACAGCUAGCCGAGCUAGCGCCGUAGCCUGGCAGCUACCCCACGACGGAGUGACGACAGCCAGCUCCCAUCUGCUGCCGAGUCGAAGUGACGUGGAAGGGGGAAGGAAACAGUGGGUUUUUAUCGUCGUCCACAGAGACUCCGCAAUGGCAACCGCCGCGACCGAGUCCGUGUUUCUGCUGAAGGAUGUGAAGCCCGGGUCGAAGAAUUUGAACAUCGUAUUCAUCGUUUUGGAAAUAGGGCGCGUGACCAAAACGAAAGACGGCCACGAGGUGCGCUCCUGCAAGGUGGCGGACAAGAGCGGCAGCAUCGCCAUCUCCGUGUGGGACGAGCUGGGCAGCCUCAUCCAGCCGGGGGACAUCAUCAAGCUGACCAGAGGCUACGCAUCCAUAUGGAAGGGGUGCCUGACCCUGUACACCGGAAGAGGAGGGGACCUGCAGAAGAUCGGAGAGUUCUGCAUGGUGUAUUCAGAAGUGCCCAACUUCAGUGAACCAAACCCAGAGCUGCUGACCCAAGGGAACCAGCAAAACAAGUCUGGGAAACCAGACCAGAAUCAGAGGGGGAACUCUCCGCCCAAUCAGAAUUCAGGUACACCUGCCCCACCAGGUAAUGGUUCUAUGCCGCCAUUUGCCAACAACAACAACAACAACCCACCAACUGGUGGACCCCGUGACUCUGCGUUUGGGAAUGCUGGGCGACCCAACGGCCGGUCACCCGGCAACGGAGCACCUCCGGCUUCGGUUUCCGGACCCCCGACAGCCGCAAAGUCCUCAGUUACCAUUAGCAACGGCAGGGACCCACGCCGUGCCAAAAGAUGAAACUGAGGUGUGGGUGGGGGGUAUCAUGUGGGGGAAAUAAUGGACUUACUCAAUUCCACUUCGCUCCUUUUCUUUUUAAAAACCUUUCUGAGCCUUUUCAGAUCACAACUAAAUAAUCAAUUACAUUGAGGAAUAAUUGUUCAACAGGCUAACAAAGUCGAGUGUGUCCUUGUCAUGGGUAGUGAAAGUUCUUCUCUCUCUCAGCAAGCAGCACAAUGUGAUUGUGAUCCACCACUCGAUGCGCUGGCGGGACAUCUUGUCUAGUCGAGCCCUGAUGCUUGAGUUGUGGUCCGCCUUCUCAGUCUGCACCCCUGUCCCCUAAAUCUCUCUGCAAGUUGCCAGUACUAUGCCAGUGUGUCCCCCCCCCCCCCCCCAACACACACACACACACACGUGUGCAUAAUCUGUCCCAACCCCCCUCCCCUCUUCGAACUAUACACCCUACUUGAACACUUGAUGCACUUUCUUCCCUUAAUUUAUGUCGGGGACAAACUUGGCUGUCAUUUAAAAUCAGGAAAUCGCUUUCUGACCCAAAGUGGAAAAGGCCUUAAGUCGGUGAGGAUGAGUUCUUGGACUGAAUGCACAAGCUGAAUUCUUCGAGGGGUCACCCCUCUCUUAGCCAAACUGCAUCCCCUAGUGACUGUGGAAGGACAGGUGUUAGUUUUGAAAUUUUUUACUUUUUUUCUUCUUCCUUAAGACAUGUUUUUCUUGUUUGCCAUCAGUUGUACCUUCAUCAAGGUGAGACCACUUAAAAUACUGGCAAAAUGGUUUGCCGAAUACAUUUUACAGUAACGUAGCUGCCACGUUUGCUUUUCUGUAGUCCGUUUUGACAGGUAAACAGUUAUUUAUAAUGCCAAUAAAAAUGUCAUGUUGGUUCCAAAACUAAAGGUUUUAAACUGGUUUGUGAAGUAAUUUGGCAGGAACAGUUUUUUGACUAAGAUGCAUGGAACGUUAGAGUUCUUUCUUUUUUUUUCUUACGGUUUCUCACAAGUAUCAACAAUGCCAUUGGCAAACCAACACCAAAAAAUGUGUAAGGGUUUUUAAAUAAUAAUCCUUCCAGUUCAUCCUCAUGGUUUACACUGAUACUGUCCUAUGUCACUUGCAAAUGUAAAAUUACACUCCACUCCGUCUUCAAGUGUUUUCUACAGCGCCGUCUAGUGCCUGGAGAAGUGAACUGCAUUUUCUUUUAGUUGUGGAAGGUGCUCCAAAAAUUUUUGUUAAAGGAACUAAUGUCUUUUUCUUUUUUUUGUCUUACUUUCUUUGUCACAGUGGGAAGAAACACGUAUAAACCAAAAACCUCUGCA